ACUGUGCAGCAGAUUUUUAAUCAGUAAUUUUGCAUCCGUCGCAACAUAAACACGAUUUUACGAUGUUACUAGUACUUUUGUUAUUACUGUGCACUGUAGUGAUAUGCGGGCAUUUAUAUUUCCGCUACUCCCAUGGAGGGAGAUUGAUAUACAAAAUUAAAGGACCCAAGGAAAUGUUUUUGCUUGGGAAUUUGUUUGAUAUUUUUAUAACGCCUGAACAAAUAUUUACGCAACAGAUAGAAUGGCGUAAAAUCUAUGGUAGUUUUUGGAAACUGUGUAGUUUGAGCUAUCGUGCUGUUUAUUUAUACAAGCCUGAGGAUCUCGAGGUAGUCUUGUCAUCAACGAAAUAUUUAGAAAAGAAGAUGCCAUAUACUUUUCUGUUUCCAUGGCUACGUGAAGGACUUCUUACCAGUGCAGGUGAAAAAUGGUUUCAUCGCCGUAAAAUGCUGACUCCUGCAUUCCAUUUUUUAAUUUUAAAGAAAUUCUUCGCUACAUUCUGCGAACACUCUGAAGUAUUAAUGAAAACGAUAGAAAAAGAGACUGAUAAGGAUAAGACAGAUGUCUUUCCAAUUAUCAGCAGAGCUACACUUGGUGUUAUAUGUGAAACAUCAAUGGGAGCCACAAAUCGCGAAGAUGUGGAAUCAUUAACGAACACAUACUUCAAACCGCUUCACAUAUUAGCAGGAACCGUCUUAUACCGGGUAACCAGGCUCUGGCUAUACACAGACUUCGCCUUCCAAUUAACCAAAGUGGCUCAAACACAGAAACAAAUGUUAGAAACUUUAAGGAAAUUCACCACGCAGAUCAUACAAGAAAGAAGAGAAUAUAGGAAAAAUAAUAAUAUUACCGAAUGUAAUGAUAAUGAUAAUGAUGUUUAUGGUAAGAAAACUAAGCCUGCCAUGCUGGAUUUGUUGCUUGAGGAAGAGGAAAAAGGGAGAAUCGAUGAAACUGGUAUUACGGAAGAAGUCGACACUUUUAUGUUUGAAGGUCACGACACUACUGCUACAGCCCUUACUUUUAUGAUCAUGAGAUUAGCCAACGAACCGGAGAUACAGAAUUCGAUAUUCGAUGAAAUGAAAAGCAUAUUUGGUGACAGUCACAGAGCUCCUACGCUAGAAGACUUGAGUCAAAUGAAAUAUUUGGAGUGCUGCAUCAAGGAGUCACUGCGAUUGUACCCCAGCGUGCAUUUCAUAUCAAGAUACUUCACUGAAGAUGUCCAAAUUGGUGAACACCUAGUGCCAUACAACACGAUGUGUAAUAUCAACGUGUUUGACAUCCAUCGCAAUCCCGACAUCUUCCCGGAGCCAGAGAAGUUUGUUCCAGAGAGGUUUCUGCCAGAGAAUUGCAUCUCCCGCCAUCCGUAUGCUUACAUACCUUUUAGUGCGGGACCUAGGAAUUGCAUAGGUCAAAAGUUUGCCCAAAUGGAACUGAAGACCAUGAUGUCGUACCUCCUUCGCAACUUCAGGUUAGAACCUGUGACUAAACCUGAUGAACUAAUAUACACAUCUGAUUUAGUUUUGCGGACAACGCAUCCUAUUUAUGUGCGGUUCCGCCAUAGAAAUGAUAUUACAACAUGAUUUGGGACGUAAUGUUAAUAUUUGUGGUGUAAGAAAAUUGUAUUGGAGAGUUCUUUGUUUAAAACUUGUAUAAUUUAAGCCAAA